UGUGAGUUGUAUACGCGUAUUGUUAUGGAGUUGUUGUAUAUAUAAGAAGAGGAAAUGGCGUGCGAUUGACACAUUAUUUUGCAAAUUGUGCGGCAAGUGUCUUAUCUGAUCUCCUCUCUUCUCUCAAAUCGAAGGCACCUCUUCUAAGGUGAAGGGGAAGGCUUCAGGGGUUUGGAAAAGGUUGAUAUUGAAGCCAUGGUUCUUGACUCCAUACUAUCUUCUCCUCGACUGAAGUCUCCCUCUUUCAGGAGACAGUUUACAAAGGAUGAACUGGGUAGUUGGUCCACACUUGUGCAGAGGCAUCGCUUCCUCUUAUCUGCUCUUGUUCUGCUAACUCUUCUCUGUACUGUUUAUCUUUACUUUGCUGUCACUUUGGGGGCCAGCGGCACCUGUUCUGGGUUGACUGGAGCUCAGAAAGCUUCUUGCCAUAUGGAACUUGUUAAGGAUUCUGUGGCCAAGGGUAAACUGAAAAUUCUUUGAUAUUUCAAAAUAUAAUUAUAAUGGAAUAUUUUUUUCUUGACUUUUUCCCGAGUAUAGGUGACAUGAAAUCCGAUUACGGUCUCCGGCUGAAGUAUUGUGACUGUGAUAUGUAUACAUACUAUUUAUCUUGGUAUUUGUGAGUCAAAAUGUAGAAUACAUGUAGAAAGCAAUUUCUUAGAUAUAUUAUAUGUUGAUUUUAGUA